GAAACAAUGGCUCACCUUACAAGAGCAGAAGUUUUAGCAUCUGGUGAAGUGGAUCCGGAAUUUCGGAAGGCUUUUGAAGCCCGACCGCUUAUCAUGAAUGGAUCCACUUUCCUUGAGUCUCGUGCUUUACGGGCCGAACACCUUCAAAGGCUCAGACAUUUGUACUCGAUACCCGGACCCAUUCCCGAAGUCAUUGAGACAAUGCAAGAUAUUCCUAUGCGGGAUGGGGAAAACAUUCGUGUACGCGUCUACCAACCGGCUAAUGGACCUCCUGAAGGAGGCAGCCCGCUAAUUAUGAUGUAUCACGAAGGAGGGUGGUGCAUGGGGGAUCUUACAGACGAGGAUUUGAACUGUAGAAUGUUUGCUCGAGACUUGAAGGCCGUCUGUGUGAAUGUAGAAUAUAGGCUAGCUCCAGAGCAUAAAUUCCCCAUUGGAGUUAACGAUUGCUGGGAUGCUCUCGAAUGGGCUACCAAAAAUUCUUCGACACUUCGCGCAACGCCUUCCCAGGGACUCGUAGUAGGCGGAUCCUCUGCCGGAGGAAACAUCGCAGCAGUUCUUGCCCUGCUCUCUCGCGACAGCAAUUUUUCUCCCCCAAUUACUGGCCAGUUCCUCAGUGUUCCUGUCGUCCUUCCCAGCCAGAACGUACCGUCACAUUUCUCUCACCUUUACACUUCCCGCUUCGAUAACAACUCUGAUCCUGUCCUCCGCGAUAUGGGCGAUGAUUCUAGGAUCUCGCAGAUAUACGAGCCUGAAAAGAAUAGUCCAUUGUGGGAUCCAUUCAAUCAUGUAGAUGGCCAUAAAGGGGUUGCAAAAGCUUUCUUUCAGGUUUGUGGCUUGGAUCCGUUGAGAGAUGAGGCAGUGUUGUAUGAUCAGAAAUUGCGGGCGAGUGGGGUCUUGACGAGGUUUGAGUUGUAUGGUGGGGUCGGACAUAUGUUUUGGACGAACUGGCCGGAGUUGGAGCGGAGUAAGAAAUUUGUGGAGGAUACGGUCAGAGGGAUGAGUUGGUUGUUAGAAAAAUGA